UUUUUAAAAAAACCAAACAAAAAAAACCUACUGAUGUUCUCUUUCACAACAUACAGUUUCAGGUUAAAUAAAUCUGAAUGUUGUACAUUUUCCAGCCUAUCCCAGAUUUUUUUUUUCCCCCUUUCAUGCUGUCUGGAAAAACUGAGAGGAGAACAACUUGCCCAUGGCUGAGACAGUUCCUUUAUUUGCUUUUGUAUGAGAGAGUGAAAGCGGCAACAGCACACAUAGCACAGCAGUUGGCAACUUGCAGUACUUCCUCAUCCUGACUGCUGUAUGGAGGUGAAAGCCAUUGCUCCUGGCCCUGCAUUUCCCCCCGCAGCCUCUUUAGAGCAUAACGACAGAGAAAUAUUUUGUUCAUUUUUGCUGCAAGGAACUCAGGCACAAGGUAGACUAUAGGACAGCGCCCAGCACCAAAAACGUGUAGUCCGCUGACACCUAGCCAUGAUGAAAGCGGGCGCCACCAAAGUGGGGCUGCCCAAGCCUGGACUCCAGGAACGAGUAAGGCAGGCCCCCUCAACGUCCUCUGUCUCCACCACCUCCUCAGCCAUGAAGACCUCCAGAUCCUCCAACACGUUGGCCUCAGAUCAGCGCCUUAGCAAGCUGAAAAGAGCCAGCAGUGAUGAUGCCUUGACAAAGCCUCCACCAGGAGCUACUGCCUCCGGUUCCCGGAUGAAGAAGACUGUGACUACAGGAGCCAUUUCAGAUCUCGCUGAGGCCCGCCCUCGCAGCUUGUCAGGUGCACAAACUGUCAAGAAGUCUGGAAUCCCUGCUCCUAGAGAAAUGCCCUCUGCCAUAACAAGAGACCGCAGCUCUCUAAGGGACCAGCUGAAGAGCAAUUCCACAAAGAGACUGGUUUCCAGUGCCAGCACUUCCAGCCUCUCGACCAUGACAAGACAGACCCGUAAUUCAGCCAAAUCUCGUGCAGAUGCAGAGGGCCAAGAAAAGAGUCUUCUGGAAAGCCAGGUGAAGGAGCUUCUUGCUGAGGCAAAGGCUAAAGACCUAGAGAUCAGCAAUCUCAGGAUGGAGUUGCAACGCUGUAAGGGUAAAGCCUCUUCUGCUUCCUCCUCACCCAAUUCUGUUUCACCUCAAGAACCUUCAGCCGAUCGCGAGCAAGGACAGGUGGGGGAGGCCCUUGUGCUGGUUGGAGAGCUGAGGGAGAAGAAUGGGAAGUUUCAGAGGGAGCUGGCAGCCCUCAGAGAGGAGAAUCAGGCACUGAAGGAGAAGCUGCUUAGCUUGGAGGCAUCUUCUAUCUGUAGUACAAACACAAGCACCUCCUCCAAGCCUCUGGUGAAUGGCCUGUCCUCAGACUCUUCAGCUCCGCAACAGCAUAGUCUCCCCUCUACUGCCAGCCCACUCAAAACCUCUGGAUCUUCCAGUUCUGACAUCACCAAGGGGUCACCGUCACCUGACUCCUCAGAGUUUGAGAAGAUCCCAUCACGCUCAGAAUCAGCAAGCAGUGGUGUCAGUGGGAGCACUGAUCAAGCAGGCGCAGUUAACAGUGCCAGAGGUCAGGACAUCUCCUUGCAGAGCCUAACCGAACAGAUUCACAAGAUGGAGGAGAGCCACCACAGCACAUCGGAGGAACUGCAGGCAACAAUACAGGAGCUGGCUGACCAGCAGCAAGUGGUGCAGGAGCUGACAGCUGAGAACGAGCGUCUGGUUGAGGAGAAACGACUCCUGCAGACCUCACUUCAACAGCAGAGAGAGCGUCUGGAGGUAUUGGCCCAAAAGAAUGAAACGCUCUCUGUCCGGCUUCAGGAGCAGGCUCAGGCUCAGGCCCAGAGGGAGGAGGAGCUGGGUAGCCAGAGGCCUAGACUGGUCGAACUGGAGCAGAGGUAUGCUGAGCUGGUAGAGAGUUCACGCUUUGAACGGGAGAAGCUAGUAGACAUCCAGCAGCAACUAACGGGCAGCUUGCGGGCCCUGGAGGAGGAGCACCAGGAGGCCCAGAGCCAGGUGCGCUGCCUCAGAGAGGAGUUAGACAGGUUGCAAGCCCAGUUGGACAGAGAGCUGGAAGCCGGAGGUCAGGCAGCUCAAGCUGCAGAAGACCAGAGGGCAACAGCUGAGGGUCUGAGACUGGAAAACAACAGGUUGAAGGCACAGGUGGACAUUGAGAGGCAAAAAGUGACUGAGUUGAAGGCUAUGCAAAGUGCCAGUGACAACACUGAGCUGCAGACUCUGCUGAAGACAGCCCACACUGAGAGAGACAAGCUGGGAGUGGAGCUGACAGAACUAAGACAGGAGCUGCUUCAGGCGCAGGCUGAGACUGAGCAUGUGCAAGCCUCCGUGUCUAAGGUGGAGGCAAAAUGUCAGCAGCUUCAGGAGCGGGCUGAAAAGAGAGAACUGGAGCUAUGUAACCAAGUGGCUUCCCUGGAGGAAGCGGGAAUCCAGGGUGAGAACCAGGUGAAGGAGAUGAAGGAGACCAUAUUUGAGCUGGAGGACCAGGUGGAGCAGCAGAGGGCUGUUAACUGUCACACCAACCAGGCUGUCCUGGACAUGGAAAAUCUGGUCAAAAAGCUGGAGGAGCAGAAGGCUGAAGCAGAGCGGCAACUGAAAGUUAUGAGUAGACAAAUGAAGGAUGAAAAGGAGGAGUGGCGUCGUUUUCAGGCAGACCUCCAGACGGCUGUGGUCGUAGCGAAUGAUAUCAAGGUGGAAGCUCAACAGGAGCUGCGCACACUCAGGAGGGAGCUGCAGGAGGAGCAGGAUCGUAAUGCAAAGCUUUCUGCAGACCUUGAGGCCCUGCAGGGAGUCAGGUCCCAAGGUGAAGAGGUGAGAGUGUCUGACUCGGAUAACGGCCGUCACUGGUGCGGCAUCUCCAUGAUCCCAGCCACGCCCGCCGACGCCAGCGGAGAUUCCAACACAGAGCCUGGAGCUACUGUCAAAUCCCUCAUUAAGUCCUUUGAUACUGUUGGACAAAAUGGGCCAGGUCACACGGUUCAAAUGCAUUCCUCCUCAAGAAGCCCACUGAGUGGGAUCCCUGUGCGCACUGCACCUGCUGCUGCUGUAUCCCCCAUCCAGAGACACUCGCACAUAAAGCCACUAUCAAAGACACUGGAAAAAAGAAUUAAUCACGGAGAAUUCUCCCAUCCUCAUGACAAAUUGGCGAGCUGCAGGGAAGACCUGAAACCUAACAGCCUUAUGAGGAAAAGCCCGUCACUGGAGUCUGUAAUCAAAACCUCUGCCUCCCUCAGCAGCCGCACGCCAUCCUUCAGCUACAACCGAGGAAGCAGCAAGCUCAGUGUGGAAAGAAAGGACCCCUUGGCUGCACUGGCGCGGGAGUACGGAGGAUCUAAGAGAAAUGCUCUACUGAAGUGGUGCCAGAAGAAAACAGAAGGCUAUCCGAAUAUCGAUGUGACCAACUUCAGCAGCAGUUGGAGUGAUGGCCUGGCUUUCUGUGCACUAUUGCACACAUAUCUGCCUGCCCACAUCCCUUACCACGAACUCAUCAGUCAAGAUAAGGUCCGGAAUCUGACUCUAGCUUUCCAGGCAGCUGAGAGCAUUGGCAUCAAACCCUCCCUGGACAUUAAGGAGUUGAUGAAGACCGACAGGCCAGACUGGCAGAGCGUCAUGCAGUACGUCUCCCAGAUCUACAAGUACUUUGAGACCUGAUGGAUAUGUAGGAGGAGCUGGAGCCUGAUGAAGGGUUUUUCUGUCCCAUCUUGUGAGCCCUACAACCUCUUUUGAGACCGGGCUGAUGAUGCCACGUUACCCCUGCUCCUGCUCGACACUGGAGACGUGACCGAGGAAUUCUGUUAUUUAAAGCUGCCAAAUCCACAGUCGCUGCUCACGUGUUCAGACAGAGACUGGAGUCACUUUUCAGAGACUUUCAGCAUCAACCAAGCAUUUGAUCCACAGACACACUGAUUAUGCUGAAAGACACUAUUGAAGCUAUGUAGCAGUUGACAACACAGUUUACAGAGACUUGACAAGUGAUCCAAUUUCUUUUCUUCCCUCUGUACAAAAAUCAAUGCGUCGUUAAUGCUUGUUCAUUUUUCAGAUGCUGGCUGCCUCUCAUCCUUAGGUACAAGGUGUUUUUUGUUUUUUAGUAAUACUGGCUGCCAGGAGACAACUGCCCAGUUUCAGAGAACUACUACUAAGUGGCUGUAGGGGUGGUGGCAGAUCAUGGCCUGUUAUGUUUGGAUAUUUGUUUUUUGCAUUUGUUUUUGCUUUUUCCCAUGCCCUGGCUUCUUUUCUUUUUAUUCUCUAGUGUAAGCUUAGUGUUAAAAGCUACUUUGUUAGGGUUAGGAAAAAUUGUAGUUUGGGUUCAGAUGUUCUCCUUCAAAAACGUAACAUUGAAAAAUGAUGAGUAUGGGGUAGUAGCUGUGUCUUUUUGACGCUAUAACCGGGUGCAUCGAGCCCUGUUGCCAAAGGGACACCUUGCAUAACUGCAGGGCCGUGCAGAGAGGUUUAAAGGGGCGGGUGCUCAAGCACGUGCCUGCAUAAUUGUAACAAAGGUUUUGACGUUUGACAGAACGGGCCCAUCCAACAGCCCUGCAACGUGAGAGCUCGUCACUAACUCAGCGAAAAAGUAGAUGAUUUUUCCUUUCCUUUCUUACACUUAUGCUACCUGCUAAUUAUCAGCGUUGUUUGUGUGCCAACUGACCGUUUAAAAAAAAAAGUGCCAAAUUUUCACAGCCAAUGCUCUGCUCGUACGAGGACCAUCUAUGCAUGAUUUAAGUGUGACCUUUCUGCCUGGGUGCACAGCGUGACGUCUCCUUUCUGUCAACUAGCAAACCCGUCUAAAACCAGCUUUUGGUAAACUGGCUGAAACGUCGCUCACGCCUUAUUCCGAGUGUUUUUAAAGAGUUGGGCUUUUCUUUGAGCCAAGCUUUGUGGCGCAUAAAGCAUUUUCAACUGAUAAGUUUCAGUUUUUCCUUACAGAAUGGACAAACAAUAGUUGUAAUGAAGUAACACUUAAAGAGUUCCUGAAUAGUUUUCUAAAAAAAAAAGUUUUAUGAAUACAGAUUGAUCGCUAUUUGCUUUGUGUACAGUAUUAAGCACUGCCUGACUUGAACCAUCAUGCUGUGUCCUCCUUCGGUCUCUUAAUGCUUUCCAUUAAAAUCCUCUGAACUAUGGUUACUGCAGCUGUUUGCAACAGGUCUGUAUCUGUAUUCUGCAUGCUGAAGUACAAAAGAGAGAAAAGGCUUUUCUUUUAAGUGCUGAGGACUCAACACUUUCUCUCUGGUAUACAGGCAAGCCUCUGUUUGCAGAUGCCCUAAUGUUUUAACAGGUCAAAUUGUUAUUUAUUUGGCAGACAUACAUACUACAGAGCGAGAACGUGGACAGAUACAGUAUGCAGCAGUUUUCUAUUCUUACAUGUCUGAUGAUAUUGCUUAAUAAAGGAAUUUCAAGAUUUUUUUUUAA